AUUCAAAUUACCAUCAUGUAUUCACAUCACAUAGAAAAAUUCUGAAUAUUUCGAAAUGAAGAAGAAAUCCAGAUCAACAAGGAAAUCAUCAGCAAUGAAUUUUCUGUCAACUCCACCGGCAACCGGUGCAGCAAGUCCAGUCCAAUCAAUGAGUGAAUCACCAAAGCCUUUCGGAUUCAAUUUCGAUACAUUCAAAACCGGUAACGUAACGCCUACGUCAUCGAAAAGGAGGAAUGGAAAGAAGAGUAGCUUUAUUUCAAGUCCGGUUCAGUUGAAGCCUGUUGGUGAACCGGAUUCGGUUAAGAAUUUGAAAUCGAUUGUAGAUCUGAAGGAAUUUGCGUCGUGUCAAUUGGAUAGUGUUAAGAGGCAAAUUGAGAGAUCGCAUGUGGAGAUUCUUAAGGAUCUAGAAGCUUCGAAUUCUCGUCUUCAGAAACGACUUAAGGUGUUUAUACACGUGGCUAUUCAGACACAAGGAUGCCAGCAAGUGGCAGAUGAAGCAGAAAAGGAGUACAAAAAAAUGUCUGAGCGAAUCAAUGAAGGCAAGGAGUCAAUGAAGGGUUCAUAUUCUACGUUCAUGGCAGACCUUCAAGCUAGUGGUGCUCGCUUGUGCAAACAGACCAUCCCUGAGCUGUCACAAUCCGUCGAGAAAGCCAUAGAUACUCUCAAGAACCGUUAUGGGAUCCAUUCAACUUCAGCUUGUUGAAGGCAAUGCAUUUGAGGCAUAAUUUUUGAUUGAAUAGAUUGGAAAUAGGAAGACUGAAUCUGAAGGGUGAUCUGAGGCAGUUUGCAGCUUAUAAUUUCAGUUUCUUGAGGAAUAAAUGCAACGCAACACGCAAAUUUGAGUGCUUACUCUUGUAAAUUCAUAUUCUGAAGUGUGAUCUGAGGCAGUUUGCAGCUUAUAAUUUUAGUUUCUUGAGGAAUAAAACUCAACGCAGCAUGCAAAUUUGAGUGUUUACUCUUGUUAAAUUCAUAUUUUCUAGAUGCAAUGGAGAAUACUAAGAAGGUAAUCUGUCAAUCCA